AUGUGUGUCUCUCAUCCAGAUGAGGAAGAACCCAUCACGGCACCCAAGGGAGGCCACAAGAGAAACCUGAGCAAUGGAACCCCAGAAAAUUCCCCAUUGAGACGAACAAAACGCCAAAAGUCGCGAGUCAGCUUGAAAGAGGCCUCUUCGGAAGAAGAAUCAGAGCCCGAGGUCAAACCAAAGGCCUCACGAGCCAAGAAACUGCCGGCGAGAUCUUCGGUCAAAAAGGAAGAGGCUGAUGAUACGGAACCUCCGACUGCCAUCAAGUCUAACGGCGGAGACCAAGCUCCAAAGGUAGAAGAAGAAGAGCCUAUCAGCAAACCCAAGGCUAAGGCUGCAAAUACCCCCGCAAAGAAAGCAACGCCUGCCAAACGAGGAAAGAAGACCAAAGAAGAAAAGGACGCCGAAGCCAUGCCUCUGGCUCCCCGAACACCGGGUCUGCGAAUGUUCGUUGGUGCUCAUGUCAGUGCUGCAAAGGGUGUUUUCAACUCAAUCCACAAUAGUGAGCAGAUUGGCGGCAACGCAUUUGCCCUUUUCUUGAAAUCCCAAAGAAAAUGGGACAACCCGCCUCUUCAGGACGAGCACCGGGAUCAGUUCCACAAGCUUUGCACCGAGAAGAACUAUGACGCCGCCAAAUACGUCCUGCCUCACGGGUCCUACCUCGUCAAUCUAGCCCAACCGGACAAAACCAAAGCCAAACAAGCCUACACCUCCUUCGUCGACGAUCUCCGUCGCUGCGAAGCUCUCGGGAUAAAACUAUACAACUUCCACCCGGGAAGCACAAACGGAGAACCCCUCCCAGAAGCCCUAUCCCGACUCGCAGGGGCCCUAACAUCCGCAAUAAAGGAAACAACCACCGUGAUCCCCGUGUUAGAAACCAUGUGUGGCCACGGAAACACAAUCGGCGGCUUCCUCUCCGAAUUCAAAGACCUCCUCGCUCUAAUUCCAAAGGAGCACCACUCCCGCAUCGGUAUCUGCAUCGACACAUGUCACAGUUUCGCAGCCGGUUACGACCUCGUCACCCCAGAAGGUUUCAAGGCCUUCCUUGCUGAGUUUGACGAGUUGAUUGGGAUUCAGUUCUUGCGCGCUUUGCAUCUGAAUGACUCCAAAGCGCCGAAGGGGAGUAAGCGCGAUCUACACGCGAAUAUCGGGACUGGAUUCCUUGGUCUGCGCGCUUUCCAUAAUGUUAUGAAUGAGGAGAGGUUUCAGGAUAUGCCCAUGGUCUUGGAAACGCCCAUUGACCGGACUGAGGGGGGGUGA